AAGAAAAAGAAGGGUAAGGAGGAGGAAAAGAAGAAGAAGAAGAAGAAGAUGGUCUGCCUCUGGGUCAGUUUGGCUAACUUAGCAUGACAGCUAGCGAUCAGACAGCGGUCAGCUAUUUAAUCCCAGCUGGGUCAUCGGUACCGUGUGGGAUGGGACCCCGAAAGGUAAAGCUGGACACGCACCGUAAGAGAAGCGUAGUGUGGAGCUUUUUUCGAGACAUAGACGAAGCGUCGGUGCAGUGUGUGCUGUGUAAUCGUUACCUUCAUAAAAAGGAGCACGGCUCCACCACUCCGAUGCUAAGACAUCUGCGCCUCAAACACCCCUCACAGGUCUACAAAGUGACCGAGGGAGGAACCGGAGCCGCCGCCAGCCCCGACCGCCAGCAGCACAUGGAGAUAGAAGGUGAACAGAUCAUCUCUGUUGUGGUGGAAAUGGACAACGAUGAAUCCAACACCGGGACCACGGAGAAGGAUUCUGAUCCCAGUCCUGCCGUGGGCGAGCUCUUCGAAGGUUCACAGCGUGGCUCCUUGGCACAUCUAAUCCACGAAGACGACCUUAGCCACAUUCCCAACAAGCAAACGCGCAGGCGCAGUUUGAUUUGGAGGCUGUUUGAACAUUUGGACAGCUUGAACGCCGCUCGUUGUCGCAUUUGCAUGAAGAAGUUGCACAAAAGUGGCGGCAUCAGCAACCUUCGCCGGCAUUUGGUAAAGAGGCACCCAAAGGUGCUGUCAGAGCUGCUGUCCAGCUCCCACCAACGUCCCGCUGUGUCCCCGCAGGAACUAAAUGUUGCCAGUGUCUCUCAUGACGCCUAUAUAGGAACAGAACCGCGUCAGUCUCCGGUGAAAUUGCUUUUGCCAGAUGGGACGUCCCUCUUUCUGACCACAAUGAAUGAAACUGAUAAUCCAAUCCUUAACAGCCUCCCAGACAUACCACAAGGAGAAUCAGCAGAGAUGAUAAGAAAAACAAAGGGUUCAAAUGCUGAUGAUGGAAGCGGGGAAACCUUACAGGACAGCGGGCCGGAAGUGGUUCCAGUGGAAGUUGGCAUGGACGAUUACAACUCCGACGUCAUGACCCCGUCUAAGGAACCUGAUACCAAGCGAGGCAUAAAUGACGACCCUGACCAUUUGCACGAAGGUUCGACACAAGAAGCGACGCACUCUGAGGCGGGUGACAGCUCGUUUGAGAAACCACCAGCCAAGGACCGCAGACGAAGCGUGAUCUGGAGACACUUUGACAGAUUCGAGGGCUCAGAAACGGCUCAGUGCCGCAUUUGUCUGAGGAAGCUGCAGUGGUUUGAGAGUGGCGGCACCGGUAAUCUGCAUCGACAUCUGUCAAAAAAACACCCGAGGGUGUUUUCUCAGCUGGGAUCCAAUCAGAACAAGGAGCAGCUGUCGGCAAACUUGAAUAGUCAUGGUGGGACAACCAAAGGACCAUUAAAAACACAUGACGAGUCGUCAGUGAGACCUUCUCUCCCUAAAACUAGACAGAAUGUCUUAAGGCAGUCUGAAGUAGAAAUCCGGGUUUUUGAACGGGAGCUGGAGCUGAUUGAGGCUCUAAGACGAGCACAGAGGGAGGAAGGUCAGGCCCUGCAGCAGCGGCGGGAGCUGCUAGAAAAGCUGCAAACUCUCAGCACCAUAGAAGCAGCGGCAGAGAGGGAGAAGAUCAAGGCGCUGAGGAAAGCCCAGCAGGAGGAGGCGGAGGAGCUGAGCAGACAGAGAGAGGAGCUGGAGAAGGAAAAGACAGAGCUGCAGAAACAAUGGGAAGAGCUCCGCCAGGAAAGAGAAGAGUUCUUGUUGCUCUCCAAAGGCAAAGACAGCUGUCCUGAAGAGAAUGAAUGAUCCCUGGCCUUUCUGAAAGUGUUGGAGUAAUUCUAACACUGGGUGAUGUAAUAUAUAUGUAAUUAACUUCACUUUCAAGUAAACCAUUUUGUUUUUCCGAGAAAAUCAAUGCACAAUUUCCUGUUCCAGCUGUUUUCAUUACAUGAAAUUAAUAAAUAAAAUACUGUUAAUCUGAUUUACGGCUAUAUGUCAACCUUUCAAAGAACUCUACAUUCAGAUAAACUCACAAGUGACUACGUAGCAUGUAGGUUAUGUCUACUUUGUUUUUUUGUUUUCCUAAAUGCAGUUUGGCAAAUAAACUUUCAUGCAGCCAGAUCUAUCCUCGGAUGUAAAACUGCAUUAAAAACAAUUUAAACAUGCAGACACUCAAGUUCACGGUUAAGACUAUUUUAAAGAGAGCCUUUGGAAAAUCGUUUUUAUGGCCUUUUUCUGUUGGAUUACGUUCUUAAAUAAACAUGUUUCAUUGACCCUG